CCGUUUCCAAACAAUGCUCAGGAAAAAGCCACGUUGACGAUCCAGACUGAAGUGUAGCCCACAGUUUGAGGCACAACAUAGCAGGAUUUUGUUUGUUAGACGCUCCGGUUCCUUCUCGCUGCAGAAUCCAACUCAGAGCCGACAUGUCGUCGCCGCCGAAGGAGAAAAUGGAAACCAAAGGCGGACAUCCUCCUGCAGUAAAGGCAGGAGGUAUGAGGAUAGUGCAGAAGCAUCAGCCAGCUCCUGUCCCAGAGCCGCCGCAGAAAGAUGACAAGGACGAGGAGUACGUCAGCAGCAGUCCACCAAAGGCCCCUGUGAUUGUAUCUGGAGUGAUAACAAAGGGUGAUAAGGACUUUACCCCAGCAGCUGCACAGGUGGCCCACCAGAAGCCCCAGCCUGGUGUCCCCAAGCUGCCCCACACCCAGCACAUCAACCAGCACAUCCACCAGCCCCGCAAGUGAGCCAGGCAUCGGGCUACCACGGCUACGCUACCACCACCAGCCGGCCUUCCCAAUGGAACACAAAGGAUGAAGAUGGUUCCCCACCAGGCACAGAUCUCCUCUAAAUAAUAAGAGUAAUUUUUUGUUCGCCUGUUGCGUUACAUGUUCAAGAAAUUUGUGAGCAACAGACACCCAAAGCCAGUACACUAGCCAUUGUAGAAACCCCACUCUUUAUACCCCUGCUGCAUUGGUGCUGCACCAGUAGUUCUGCACUUGUCUUGGUUGUCUUCAUUAGGAGGAUUGCUAAGCAGUUUGUAGUCUUAAGGGGAUAUAAACGGGUGAAGAGUCUUCGAAAAUGGUUCUGUUUCACUGAUUAAAUAUUAGCGGAGAAAGCAAUCUCAGAUCUGAGUCUGUUGGGGGAACUUUCACCACAACCAGCCAAUCACAGCAACCUAUCAAUGAGGCCAACUCACCAACCAAUCACCUCACACAGUGAUGAGUCCCGGCUCCAGCCUUCUACCUAUGAUCUUCAACCAAUCAACAAAUUGUGGUGGACACCAGUUUAUAAUCACCAUAAACCAAAAAGACCACAGUGAGCAGCUUCCAAACUGUAAGAAUCAGUUUUGUCAGUGAGCUACAGGUACAGCACAGACCAGAGAUUAAAACUAACCAAUUACAUGACAGCAUUAACCAAUAAUUAGCCUCAGGGCUUCAACUUUGACAAGCAUUCCAGUUAACUCCCAUAUUACAACGAGAAAUACUCAUCUGAAACAAAGAUGUAUGUUCUAGAUACCAUAGCUAACCUGUUGCUCUGUAAAGGCAGCUGUCAUUAUGCAGGAAGCUAUUUGAUGCAUGCCAUUGGUGUUAUGACUGAAAAUAGCAAGCAAAAGCUUUUAUUAGGUUCUGAGCCUUUGCAAAUCCUAUUCAGCUUUUGCCACACUUUCUUAAAAAUGUUUUUGUUUUUACCUUUAUUCAACAGAGAGGAGUCUUACCGUUCUCUGCCUCGGCUGUAAUAAUAUCUACCUUCCCUGGCAAUGUUCACACAUUUUAAUGCAGACUCAACCUGUUUCACAGUAAAAGUCAACCAGCAGUGCCUCAUUGCUUAUAUUCAAACAUUUUUGGACUCUUUAGACUCCCACAGAAUUUGCAUUUAAUCUGCAACACUGAAAAUGCAGCCAAAAAAUCUAAUGAAACUUAAAGGAAACCAUUUGCUGCAGGAUGCUUUGUGUUAACAUUAGCUGCAAAGUCAUAAGGGAGUUGAUUGCAAGGUGAAUAAAGCAAUGCAGGGAAGCAGAUUUGGAAAUUGUGGGACGAUUAACUGUCAGAUGAAGGUAAAAAUGUGAGCAUAUUGGGAGAACAACAUGAAUGCAGCAACAGCAGAUUUUCCUACAUUCCAAGUGUUUGAACAAAGAUGCCAUGAGACAUUUUAUCAAGGAAGAUGCAACACAUUCAUUUUUACUUGACACAGUUCCAGCAGAUAUGGCUCAUCGCAUAUCAGAAAAUUGUACGAGCUCCUAAAAUCUAGAUUGGGAUUUCCCUAGAAAUGAUGCAUAUCAGCACACACACACACACCACCCUUUUCCUUAAUCACCCACGCAAUGGUCAUUUGUUGCAACACUAAUGUUCAGGUUUCCAAGACAGAAAUUUAUCUUGCCAAGAAGGAGUGAUUUCAUAUGUUAAUUUAAUUAAGUUGAAAGAGUUUUAUUUUUGUUUUGUUUUCUCAGUUCUUGAGUAAAUUGUUCAAAUUGUAAAAAUCUAUAGCCAUUAUGUGGACUUGGGUAUUAGGUGUGGUUGUCAUAUUAAAUAAAGAUAUAGACUAUCUUGAAAAACACA